CCGCGGAGCUUCAUGCGGCCGGCGGAGCAUCUGAGGGCUGACAUGGCGUCCAUUGAGAUUUGUGGAAGUUGGAACUUCUGGCGGCCGCAGCCGAUGAUCAUGGAGGUCCAGCGACGCUGCCACAAGUUUCAAAUCCAGCUGAACAGUAGCGCGGCAGAGAGCUUUCAGCUGUUUGUCGCUGGCGAUGGCCCGGGACGGUGUUUGCAUCCGGACCGCCCGAACGCCGUGGCACAGGAGUUCCACCGCUUAGAAGGCCCGGACGACAAUGAGAAGGGCUACGGCUGGAGCAUCGGAAAGCAUCCGGAGGACCACGCCUGCGCGGGCGCCCGCUACGAGGUGAUGCUGAUCUUCGCGGCGAAUGGCCGGCCAGAUCGGCUCGAGUGGGUGCGCUUGAAUCCCAAGGCGACGAGUGCCCCAGCCACCGCUGCGCCCAAAAAGCGUCCACAGCCCUAUGGGGGGCUGACGAUGGCCGGCUUUCUGCAGGCGGCCAAGCCCGACUGGUCGCAGAAGGACAUCACCUCGGUGCUGGAGCGCCUGGGGAAGAUCACCGUCACCGACCUGAACAGCCUGCUGCGCGCGCUGCAGUCCGAGGGCUCGGCGGGCAUCAACGCCAGGUUCAAAAGCGUCUCCGAAAAGAGCUUCACCGACACCACCCUCAAGGCGCUGAAAUCGCACGCGGUGAAGGUGCACAGCGCGGAACAGGAGCGGCUGAAGCCAAAGCCCGCGCCGGCCGGACCCACCGACCGUGGCGCCAGCGCCGCGAACGCGCCGGUGCCCAUGCAGGAGUACAAGGUGAUCCACGACUUCGUGUACUUGCGCCAGGAGCCCUCGUUGCAUGCGCCCAUCUUGGGCAAAAGACCCAAGGGGGAGACCUUCUUGGCCUCCGAGGAGACCUGGGAUGGCUGGGUGAAGCCGCAUGGGCAGCCAGGCUAUGUGGUGAAAGACAUGGGCGGCUUGCAAGGCAUCGGGAAGGUCUUGUCCAUGGUGGGCAAGGCGCUGCCGGUGGUCCUUUCAGAGCCCCAGGGCACCAACGAGCCACUGCACUUCGAGGUGGUCUAUAGCCCCUUCGUGGCCGUGCGCACCGGCCCGUCCAAGUCACGUCCCAUCCAGGGCACGCGCAAGUGCGGGGAGCGCGUCAAGGCAGUGGCGCAGGGCUAUGGUGGCUGGGUGCGGGUGGCGCCUGAAGAGGGUGGCGGAUGGAUGUUGACAGCGGAUGAGGAACUCGGUCAGCUCUUGGUCUGCAGGACGAUCGAGGAGCGUUGGCAGCAGGUGGCCGCGCUGCGGAGCGCCAUCGACCGGCGCGAGGCGGCGGUGUUGGCGGAGGCGCUCACCGUGGCGCGGAGGUCCGGCGUUCGCGGCCCAGACAUCUCGGAAGCCGAGCGGCUGCUGCGCGAGCUCCGACAGCGCGAGGCGCAACGGAAGGAGCUGCUGCAGCGCGCUGCGGCGGCGCAGGCGGAAGGCCGCGAGGAGAAGCUCCGGCGCUGCGUGGAGGAGGCGCAGCACGAGGACUUCGCGCAGGAGCAACAGGCCAUGUCCGAGGCGCUCUCCCGCUUGGUGACGACGAAGCAAGAGGCAGAGCGAGAACACGAGCAGCUGCUGGAGGCCCUGGCGGUGGCGGCGCGCGGAGGGCAAGUGGCUGAAAUCAAGGCUGCGCGGAACGCCGCCAAGGCGGGGGGCGUCCCCAUGAAGGAGAUCGCACGGGUCUUUGCGCUGCACAACGGCUCGGCCGGGUGAGCGGCUGUAACGGCCGGACUGAGCGGCGAACGAACUAGGGGGAGGAGGGACUGAGUGAGUAGAUAGUAUGGGUGGUAACCGG